AUGGCGGGCUAUUUUCAGCAAGUUCCUUUAGAUAUUGCACAACAACUUACAAGAAACAUCAGUGGAUUCAUCAACAAUGCUUUCAACCGUUCUGAAAACCAGCUCGCUAUCCACCAAAUACUUCAAGAAUCCUUCCAUGCUCGGCUGCCACUCAUCUCCAUCUCCACCAUCCUUCUCCUCUGCAUCACUAUCCACUUCCUUUUUCUCACUCUCCAAGCCAUCGGAGUUAGCCUGACACUUGGAUUUUCCACUGUUCCUCAGUCUCAUCGCUACGAACCUCAUCUCCUCCGUGAUACCCUCUUUCUCUCCGGGCGCCGCCGCUUCUGCCUCACCGGCGGCGGCGGCGUCUGCCCGAUUCCCGCCGCGGGCGCCGCCGGGCCGUCUUCACUUUCUGAAACUUCGUCGGAUGACUUGAAAUCUUCUUCGGUUUCGUGCUCGGUCUCGGCUAAUGCGGGCCAGUUGGAGAUUGUACACCGAGAGAAAAACGGCGUCUUUUGGGUUCUGCCAUUUCUUGUUAUGCUGUUGCUGUUAAUAGAUUUUGGGACAACUGGCCGAUGCAUGAACGCGAAGAACUUCGGGGUCGAAUUAUUUAGAACAAUCAAAGGGUUUAAGGGUUUUAACGAUGUACCAGGAGUAGACAAGAGCGCCAUUUUAGCUCUGUUCGCAAUUUUCCUCGAUUUGUACUUGGAUUGCUACUAUUAUACCUUGAUGACGAUACAUCGACUGGAUGAACUGGAUGAGAUGAAAUGGGCCAACCCAACAAGAAAUCCCUUCCAUUGCCCGCUUCUUCUCAACCUGGAACUUCACGUCCGCCGCCGCUGA